AUGACCGCCGAGAACCCCACGCCGCCGCCGUCCCAGUCCGAGGCCGCGGCCGCCAACCCUCCUGCCGCCUCUGCCGCUGCCGCUGAUGGCGCCGUGGUCGGUGAGGAGGGCGCCGGCCCGUCCAAGAAGGCCCUGAAGAAGGCCGAGGCCAAGGCCAAGAAGGAGGCCGAAAAGGCCCGCCGCGCCGCCGAGCACCAGGCCGCGCAGGCCGCCGCAAAGGCCGCCGCGGGCAACACCGAGGACCUGGCCAAGGAGAACUACGGCGACGCGACGCACGAGACCAAGGUCGACGCCGAGCGGGUCAGCCUCAAGAACAUUGGCGACGAGCACCUGGGCAAGACGAUCAAGGUGCGCGGCUGGGUGCAGAACUCGCGCAUGCAGGGCGCCAAGAUGGCCUUUGUCGAGCUGCGCGAGGAGCGCAACUGGGCCAUCCAGGGCGUCGUCGCGGCGAGCCCCGAGGGCAAGCCCGUCAGCCGCCAGAUGGUCAAGUGGAUCGGCGGCCUGAACCUCGAGAGCUACGUGCUCAUCGAGGCCCGCGUCGAGAAGCCCCUCGAGCCCGUCAAGAGCGUGCGCGUCUCCAACUACGAGCUGCACAUCGCCAAGUGCUACCUCAUCGCCCCGGGCCCCGAGGUCCUGGGCAUGGGCCUCGUCGUCGCCAACAAGGCCGUCACCAACUUUGACGAUGAGGAGGUGCCACAGGACGCCGCCAUCGAGGAGGCCCGCAAGGGCGUCGAGGCGACGAGCCUCGACAACGUGCCCAGCGCGAGCAUGGCCACGCACUUGAGCAACCCGGCCAUGCACAAGCGCGCCCCCGUCCAGCAGGCCAUCGCCGACGUGCGCAUGGCGACGCGCAAGCUGUUCGCCGAGUACCUCGACACGCAGGGCUUCAACCAGUUCGAGCCGCCGUGUCUUAUCGGCGCGGCGUCCGAGGGCGGUGCCAACGUCUUUACCCUGCCAUACUUUGAGAAGAGCGCGUGCCUGGCGCAGUCGCCCCAGUUCUACAAGCAGAUUGAGAUUGCCGGCGGCCGCAAGCGCGUCUACUGCAUCGGCCCCGUCUUUCGCGCCGAAAACUCCAACACCCCGAGACACAUGACCGAGGCAAGUUGA